CGUGGUCCGGAUGUCAGCGGGUCAGUGUGUGUAGCUUGUCGCGGGGAUCGAACCCUCAGUCGCUCCAGGUCGAAGCUCCCGUUGGAAGUAACCGGAGAGAAGCGUCCUGCCGUCGGAUCAACUCACUGGAAAACAGCGCGGUACCGCUCGGACACUCUGCCGGAGAACACGCACCGGGAGCGGGUUUAGAUCCGAGCCGGAGCCCGGAGGAGAGCAGGAGGGGAAAGCGGGUCAGAGGAUCACUGAUCGAUCCCUCAGUGUGUGUGUGUGAGCGUGCGUCUUCGCUUGGAAACACACACACACACACACACACACACACAGUCACAGGUUGCUAGCGGAGUUGACGCUAACCGAGCUAGCCACGUUAGCUCCCCGCGGUUAGCCGUGCUCUCCACCGUUUGUCCACCGGGACUAAAACCCCCACCGGAGCCCCGGAGCUCGAGGCACCAGAAGCGGCCGGACUCCCCCCACACAGCCUGCUCCACACACCGGGCCACGAUGUGGUGUUUUUCGGGACGUGUAUCCCGCUGGCCGGCUGCUAGCAUCGGCUGACCGAGAGCCCGACGCCUGGUCCGCGGACAUGGAUUCUCCUCCCGGGUUGAAUUCGUCUCCGGUUGUUUUUAAAGCUGGACUUCGCUCUCACGCGGGUUAAAGCUCCGGUCCUCCCCCCGAGCUCCGUCUCAUUCUGUCGGAGGAGCAUCGACCUAAAACCUGCCUGGAUCGUUUUUAUUUUUUCUGUUUUUUUAAGGAGGAGGAGGAGGUAAAAGAGGAAGACCAAAAAAAAAAAAAAAAAAAAAAAAAGUUUGGGAGAAGUUGAGGAUUUUUUCCCCGAGCCUGUGGAAACAUGGAUGCGGGUAUCGAGAAGGAAUGCAGCGCCCUGGGAGGGCUCUUCCAGCUCAUCAUGACCGACAUGAAGGCCAGUUAUCCGACAUGGGAGGACUUUGUAACCAAAGGAGCCAAACUGCAGUCACAGCUCAGGACAACCAUCGUGGUAACUGGAGCCUUCCUGGAUGCUUUUCAGAAGGUGGCAGAUAUGGCAACCGGGACCAGAGGUGCCACGAAGGAGAUUGGCUCAGCGCUAACCAGGAUGUGUAUGAGACACCGCAGCAUCGAGUCCAAACUCAAACUGUUCACUACAGCUCUCUCAGAAAGUCUCAUCACUCCACUGGAGUUGAAGAUGGAGGAGUGGAAAAAAGUGGCCAGUCAGCUGGACAAAGAUCACGCCAAAGAGUAUAAAAAGGCCAGGGCAGACAUCAAGAAGAAAUCGUCAGACACCAUCAAACUGCAGAAGAAGGUGAAAAAAGGGAAGGACGAGGCGCGGGGACAGCUGGACAGUGCACUGCAGGACGUCAACGUGCGCUACGCUGUCCUGGAGGAAACAGAGAAGAGAGCCGUGUGCAGGGCGCUGAUAGAGGAAAGAUCUCGCUACUGCAACUUUGUCACCAUGCUGAAACCUGUCCUGGACCACGAGAUCAACAUGCUGGGAGAGGUGACCCACCUUCAGACCAUCCUGGGAGAUCUGAUGAACCUGACAGCUGAGCCCAAUAAACUUCCUCCAGCCAGCGAGCAGGUCAUUUCAGAUCUGAAGGGUUCUGAUUUCAACUACACCUACCAGACACCUCCAGCUUCUCCAAGCAGCACAAUGUCCAGGAAGAGCAGCAUCAGCAGUAACUACCAGUCUGGAUCUAUGAGACACGUUCCCUCAUUGGACUCCAUCAGCUGUGCUGUGGAUGGAGUCCACAUCCAGGACACGAUGGGAUCCAACAACCAGAUGGCUGCUGGGGGAAGCAGAGGGCCGGAGAACGGGCUGUUGGCUCCACCGCACAACGUCUAUGCACAUCAUGGAGAGAGAACACGAGCCAUGUCUGCGUCUGGGAAGUCUUGCUCGGCCCGAGAUCAGCUGGCGUUGACUCUGGGUGCGUUGAAUUCGGACGCCCCAAGAAGCAGCCGGGACUCUCUGCACUGCUCCAGCGGCUACAGCACUCAGACCACCACCCCGUCCUGUUCCGAGGACACCAUACACUCACACACUGUAAAGAGAGAUCCUCCCCUCUAUGUCGACUACGAGUGCAUCUCUCUCCACGGAGACGCCGACUCCAUCUCCUUACAUCACCUGUCCCACGGAAACAGCCAGUCAGACUUUGACAAGUCCUCGACCAUCCCGAGGAACUCUGACCUCAGUUUACAGUACAGGAAGUUCGCUCAGUCCAAACGCCCUGCCUCCACCGUCAGCCUGUUGGCCGACCCGGAAAUGAUUGGCGGGUCUGUCCGCCAGCUGCCGUCCCACACGGCCACCAUCAGACGCAAGCCGUCGUCCAAGCCGACGUAUCGCAGGGGAACAAUCAGCGGAGGGGUGCCCAUCCCCAUCAGCACUCCGCAGGUCCCCCUGAAAGCCGUCGGAGGAAGCGGCGGAAGCGAUGAGAAUGUUUUCACAGCGCCCCCUGCUGGAGUAGCAGGAGGCUUAGGUCGCAGCAAACUCUGCACGUCCACGCAGAGCCUCAGCGCCUUACCGCCCUCCUCCUCCCCUUACUACCAGCUGGUCCCAGGCCAGAUGCCCAUCCCGGUGCCUGUUCCCACUGUACCUUCCCUGCCAGCAGAGGGCAGCGGCACCAGACAGCAGCAACAGAGACAGUACCAGCAGCAGCAGCAUCCGCACACCCAACAACUCCAGAUUCAGCAGCAGCAGCAAUAUUAUCAGCAGCAGCAGCUUCAGCAGCAGCAGCUUCAGCAGCGUUACACAGAGGUGUUGCGACCUUACCAGGCCGUCAGAAAAUACUACCAGGAGCUCAGGACACGUCGUUCCAGUUCCAGUUGA